AUGAUCGGGCGCCCUGUCGCGUCCCGUGGUUUUUCCCAGGUGGUGGCCCUGCUGCUGGCGCACGGAGCCGAGCCCGGGCUGCGCAACGUGCGCGGCGAGAGCCCCCUGGACCUGGCCGCCCAGUACGGUCGGCUGGACAGCGUGGCGCUGCUGGUGGGCGCGCAGGCGCACUCGCUGCAGCGGCUCGCCACGGCGCACCACUCGCCGCUCCACCUGGCGGCGCGCAACGGACACCGGCAGGUGGUGCGCCUCCUCCUCGACCGGGGCUUCCCCGUCAACUGCCGCACGGACAACGGCACCGCCCUGCACGAGGCCGCCACCUUCGGCAAGCUGGACGUCGUCCGGCUCUUGCUCGACUACGGCGUAGACGUGGACCUCCGCGAUGCCCAGAACCGGAGGGCGACGGACGUUCUCGAAGAGCUCAACACGGGCAUCGCCAAGCAGGCGCGGGACAUGAUCCGAGGUGAGCGCGCCGCGCGAAGGCGCAUGCGCGUGCCUGCCAGCCGGGCCCUGGCGUCUGAUUGGCUGAUGUCAUGCGUGACUGCAUGUGCUUCCAAAAAGCACCAUACGUACUUCGCUGUUCGCACGUCUUGCGGUCCCGCGAAGACACGUGGACCAGAUUUAAAGUGCAUCCAUGUGGCCAUGGAGUCGUCUAGAUAACAGUUAUUAAGAAACAUGUUAAUGAAACGCAAGAAGGUGA